CUUUUUCCUCUCCUGAGCUUUUUGGGGCGGUCGGCCUUGUCUCUGUCUCUGGAAGAUCUACCACCGAAGCAGCCAAAAUGAUCAUCUACAAGUGCGUCAUCAGUGGGGAUGAGAUGUUCUCUGAUAUUUACAAAAUAAAAGAAACGGAAAUCUUCUACGAAGUUGAAGGAAAGACGGUCACCAGGACAGAGGGAUUUGACGAUGCCUUAAUUGGAGCCAAUGCAUCUGCCGAGGAGGCGACUGAGACCAACGAGUCGAGCACAGUUUCCGGGGUGGACAUUGUCCUCAACCACAACCUACAAGAGACGGGCUUUGAUAAGAAGGGGUACUUGACUUACAUUAAAGACUACAUGAAGUCUAUUAAGGCAAAGCUGCAAGAGUCCAACCCUGACAGAGUGGAGAAAUUCAUGGCCGAGGCUCAAGUGGCAGUAAAGGGCGUUGUUGGAAACAUCAAGAACUACCAGUUUUACACCGGCGAGUCCAUGAACCCCGAGGGCACGGUGGGUCUGCUGGACUACCGUGAGGAUGGUAUCACACCAUACAUGCUCUUCUUCAAGGACGGCUUGGAGAUUGAGAAAUGCUAAAAAUCUGCAAUGAGAACUGCUGUUCAAUUGCCUGCUGCUUCCCAAAAGGCCCCCCAGGAGCAGACCUAAGGAGCCCCCACUCUGUGCUCUUUUUGUCUGAAUGGAUACUUUUGUCCUCAGGUUCCACUUAUGCUGAGCGGAAUCAAACACGGUCACAGAAUACAGUUUUUAAACUUUGUUUUUGGCUUUUGGGUGCUUUUUGUCUCCAUGGAAACCAAGUGAAUGAUUGAAGCUCUGACUCUGGCCAAAAGUGUUUUUCCUUCAUCUGCCUUCAGUUUUAGCAACAACAAACAUCCCAGACCACAUUGAGUUUGGGUUUAUGGUUUCAAAAUUCAUCUAUCAAAUAAAGAUAAUGGAAAAAAAA